AUGCGGCUUGCUCUCAUUGUCAUAGCAAACCGAAUUGUCAUUCAGGAGUCUGAUAUAAGAGCCCUGAAUCACCCGGCAUACAUCCUAAUUCUCAAGACAUCUCAUCCACAACUUCAAUAUACAUCUGCCCUCCGCGCAGUCCAAGACGUACACCUGAUGCGCUUCCACCACAACACCCGUGCACUCUACCUCAAGCCAUACCUCAAACAAUUCGAAGCAGUGGUCCUGCGCGGCGGUGUCGGAGAUUACGUCCAGUUCGACAUGUACAACGAAGAAUCUCUCGGCUACUUCCUCAGAAGCGGUGUUACCCACUUUGGCCUGUACACAUGCGACUGCGAGACUGGCGACUACGAUGAUGGCGCUGCAAAGUUCGCUUCCGGCAAGAUUGAGGUCUGGGUCGGGGAUGACGGAAAAGUCGGCGUGUCGGGCAAGGCUACCUGCGAUGAUGUCUCGAUGGACAACACCUUUCGCCAUUGGGAGUUGAUGGAGCGCAUCAACAACGAGCUGGAGAGUAUCGCAACCCAUGACGAUCGCCCAGUAGCUUGUAUCCGGCUGCAACAUUACGCACCAGCUCUUUCCCGACCAAGAACAAUUUUCAAGUCCGAACAGCCGUUCAAGUGGUUCGGAAAACGGUAUCUGGUUUUGAUACGAUCGGUCCCAUCAACAACACACCAUCAGACCCUGUUCAAACGAUGUUCAGUACCCUCCAACUCGCCCCAGCUGUCAUCUGAGAUUGACAAAUCAAGUGCCUCUUUCACUUCUGCACCAUCUACACCCGGGCAGCAUGUCCUCACUGCCACUGGACCCUCAAAUGCUUUUCUGGUGUUUUACGAAUUCGAGAGACCGAAGUCUGGAACGCUGAAUACAAGCCCACUGGCCAUGCAACGGAGAUUUGGUUAUCAGGGCUGCAGAAGCUCGAGCUCCGGAUGGUUGUGA